AUGCAGAGGGCGGACACUACCGAGGUUGUGACGAUCAAGUCGCGCAUGUACGGAGGCAGGCAACCUCAUGCGGCGUGGUUGGCACCCAAGACUGGGCCUCUCGGCAUCGCGCCUCGACCCAUCUGCCAGGCGAUUGAAGACAAGAUCAAGCCUUGGCUCAACUACAAGAUCGACUUCCUCGUCCACCUCCAUCCCAAUACACGCACGGCCGAAGUGGUGGUCGCGCCCAGCGUGUCGACAAUGAUCCUACGCGCGUCGUCCUACAUCCCGCCCGACAUCUCCGAGCGCAACCUCAUCGCUUGCGGGCUGCAGAAGGGCGGGUAUGAAGUGAAAACGCGACCACCCGAAAGCCGCAAGAAGAAGUUUUCGCACGAGGCGGACAUCAUGACGGCCGCGGUGUUCGCCAUUGCCAAGCAGCAGCGCGUGUGGGGCCGAUCGCAGGCGGCCGCAUUCGUGGGCACUCUCAAGGAGGUGCUCGGCUCGUGCCACUCGCUGGGUGUCACAGUCGACGGCGUGCGCGCCAUUAAGCUCCAGCAGGCCAUCACGGAGGGCAAGUUCGCCCUGCCGCCUGACGGCGGUGAUGGUGACGACGUCAUCGAGACCUUUCUGGAGGCGGCCACCAACGCGCCGCGGCCCCAUCUGUGCAAGGAGACGACGAUGACCGACGAAGAGAAGGCCGCCAUGAAGCAGAAGGCCACCGCCAAGAUGCAGAGCGUCCGCUGGCGCGACCCACAACCGCUCCCCGCCACCUGA